UGCAUGUGGAAACGUAUCUGGAACGCAUCUGGACUGCAUUUCUAUAGUGGGAACCGGCCCUUAUUGUGCACAGCUGGCUGUCCUGCUGUCUUAAUCCUUAUACACAGGGGCGGAGUGACCAUUCGAGCACUCGGGCACUGCCCGAGGGCCCAAGGUCAGUAGAGGGCCCCAUGAAAUGCCCCUGUUACCUUUUUAUAGGGUUUUUUGGGUGUGCUUUGAGUUUGGGCAAAGACACAGGGGCCCCAUGGUCCCCUAUUGCCUGGGGGCCCGGGGUCAGUAGGGGGCCGGAUGAGAUGCCCCUGGUACCUUUCAUAGGCUUUUUUGGGUGUGGUUUGAGUGUGGACAAGGACACAGGGGCCCCAUGAUUUCCUAUUGCC